AUGACUAACUCCGAACUUUGUGAGGAUCUAUAUAAUUCAACCGACAAUGGUAGGAUUGGUGACGUAAGACAUUAUAAAAGAAACAACAUGUUGCAAAACUCCCAUAAUUCUCUAAUAUAUUGUGAAAAAGAUAGAAACCGGAAGUAUAAUGCUUUAAGAAAUAAUGUACAGAUUAGACAUAGGAAUGUAAAUAUAUAUAGUAAUCAAAAAGAUAGACAAGACCUCUAUACCUGUGAUCAUAUACAAAUACUUGAAGGACCAGCUCAAUAUUUUGAGGGGAAGUACAACUCAUCUGAAAUUACCACAUAUAGGAGAGAUACUGAUAUACAACUGAAGAGACGCAGGAUGGGUCAAAAUAGAGGUCAUUUUUACUCGAAUAACAGGAAAUAUGACUUUUCAAAUUCAGAUGAUUAUCUAACUCACUACACUAUAUCACCCGAUAAGUAUGGUUAUCGAGAGUCACAAGAGAACUUUUUAAUAAAAGGAUAUGAGAAUAAUAGGUAUCAUUUUGUAGAUGGCAAUCAUCGGUAUAUUUAUAACAGAGGUUACUAUGGCAACAUAGAAAAUAAGGCACACUAUGACAGUCUUAACUCAUCCGAAACUUCUUCUGUAAACAUAAAAAGGGAUAAAAAAAGAUAUGAUAUUAAGGCAAGUAAUUUUAAUGAAGAUAAUGAUGAUACAGAUCACUUUGUAUGGCAUGUUGGACAAUAUUUGACAUCAAGGUAUCGAGUUAUUGGACUAGCCGGAGAAGGUACAUUUGGUCGUGUUUUUGAAUGUGAAGAUUUGAAAAGAAAAAGAAAAGUGGCGAUAAAAGUAGUACGGAAUGUACAACGUUAUACGGAGGCUGCAAAGAUAGAAGCUGAAAUAUUACGUGAUAUAGCUCUUCAUGAUGAAUUUGGUACAUCUUACUGUGUAAUACUUCACAAUGCAUUUCUAUACAAUAAUCAUCAUAUGUGUCUGGUUUUUGAAAAACUUGGUCCAAGUCUAUAUGAUUUCCUUGGUGGAAAUUGUGCAAGAGGAUUUUUACUUGCGGAUAUACAAAGUAUAGCUGAACAAAUGUUAUGGGCUUUGGCAUUUCUUAGGAAAAUGAAACUGACACAUACUGACUUGAAAUUAGAAAAUAUAUUAUUGGUUGAAAGUGGCUAUAUAUGGGUUAAUGCACCUAGGCAUCCAGGCUCUCUAAUUAGAAGACCAAUUAGAUCUGAAAUACGUUUAAUAGAUUUUGGUUCUGCAACAUAUGAUGAUGAUUAUCACGGAAGUAUCAUCAAUACAAGACAAUAUAGAGCACCUGAAGUUAUAUUAGAUAUUGGAUGGGAUAUGUCUAGUGAUAUGUGGAGUUUUGGAUGUAUAUUAAUGGAACUAUAUACUGGUGUUUUAUUAUUUAAAACACAUGAACACUUAGAACAUUUAGCAAUGAUGGAAGAGAUUAUUGGACCUUUUCCUCAAUAUAUGUUUCAUACGGCAUAUAUGGGGACUGCAGGCAAGAAAUAUGUUGUGAAAACUUCUUGCAAUCAAUGGAAACAAUCUAAACCAUCGAGUUAUAGAAAGGGAAAAAGAUCUGACUACUUCAAACAAAGUACCAUUCCAACAAAUUAUACAGAGUCUUGUGAUUAUGAAUAUCAAUUGUACUGGGAAGAGAGUCAUAUAAAUCCUAGCUCAUUUGCAAGAGUACAGAGAUGCCAACCUAUUGAAGAUUAUAUACACCCCAAACAUAAAGUAUUUGCAUCAUUCGUUCGUUAUAUAUUAAAUUUAGAUCCUAAACUACGACCGACCCCUGAAAUGGCCCUAAAACACGAAUUUUUCAAAACUCAAUUCGAAGAGGAGAUUUGA